GAGAGAGAGAGAGAGAGUAGCACCGCUGCCUUUCGCUGCUGUGCAUCCAUCCUUCCCUGCACAGUGGCUGUGGGAGCUGCAGAAGAGGAGGACAAGCGAGGUUUGUGACACUCCACUUGAGCACAACCACCAUCUGCUUCAAGACUGAGCAAAAUAUAAAAAGCUGGCUGUUUCCACCCAAAAAGACAUGGAGCACCAUUUCCUGAUGAGCCUGUGGUGAGACUUGUGCAGCCCUGUCACGCCCACAGCGCCCCCUUUCCGCCCGGACGGCCCAUCACGCCCCGGUGCAUAUGAAAGGGUACCAUGUCAGCCGUAGCAUGUCUCAGCAUUCCUCUGGUGGUGGCGGAGGAGGCCCCUGCCAUUGCACCCCCGAGGACUGUGACGGCCCAGGCAGAGAAUACUAUCACGGUCACAGCGAUGGCCACUACUAUCCUGCGGGAAGUGCAGCUGAGGCCUUGGCGCUGGAGAGGCACCAUUCCCACUCCCAUUCACAUUCUCAUAGCCACUCUGGUGGGGGCACCUUCCCCCGCUCCCACCUCAGCCAUCAUCCGCCGCCUCAGUCGUUUGACUCGUGUGAAGACUGUUUGUCAUCAGGUCACGGAGGGAAGAUGCACCGCAUCCCUCCAAACCUGAUGGACCAGUUUGAGAAGCAGGUGCCCUUCCACCCUGAUGGCUUCCACACGUUGCAAUAUCAGCGCACCACCAGCGGGGGCGCUGAGCCACGCAGCGAGAGCCCCUCGCGUAUCCGCCACCUCGUCAACUCCGUGCAGCGUCUCUUUGCUAAGUCCCAUUCGCUGGAAGCCCCAUCCAAACGGGAGUACAACGGCACAAGAGGAGGUGGGGACUACAGAGGUGAGAGAGGAGGAGGCCACAGGAGUGGUGGGGAAGACGGCGGGGGUCACUACUCCGGCCACCAAUCUCGUUCUGCUCGGAGGAACAAGUCAAGAGAACGCAGUAAGAGCGGGGACUCUCGGCACGAGUCUGGGAGACGACACCGUAGCAGGACAGCUGGUUGGUGGAGCUCUGAUGACAACCUGGAUAGUGACAGCAGCUUCCUGGUGAGUGGCGGCAGGCGGGGAUACCCCAGUGGGCACGAGAGCCUGGAUGCAGCCAUCCAGGAGCUCACCAUGAAGAGGCCCAAGGAGCGAGGUGGUGGACCCCCACCCGGGGAGUGCAUGGCCUGCACCACUAUUGCCCUGGCCGGAAGUGAAGGGGGUGGACACCACAGUCACCCUGGUCAUUCCCUGAAGAGGAGCACGUGGUCGGCCAUGACAGUCAGUCAAGCCAGAGAGGUGUACCCUUCCAGGGGGGGCGGAGGAGGCUAUGAUAAAGCCCUGGUGCCUAUUGAGAACAAACUGAAGGAAAGGACGCUCCACUAUCUGCAGGUUCCUUCAGAAGACUGGGGUGGCGGAUAUGGCGGUGGCGGCGCCACAGACAGCGGAGGGGAGAUUCCCUGCCGCCGCAUGCGCAGUGGCAGCUACAUCAAGGCCAUGGGCGAUGACGACAGCGCCGAUUCGGACAGCAGCCCCAAAGCGUCGCCAAAGUCCACCCUGAUUGCUCAGAGGGAUGCCUUCAGACGAUCCAUCAGCAUGGAUCAAAGGUAUUCGUGUAAACAGUGUACAGACUCCUACCCCAACAGCCGAACCACCCCCAAGAGCCACACCCGCUCCCGUAGCUACACCCGCUCGCUGACUAGCUCACAGUUGGGAGACACCCUGAACAGACAGUUUGAAGCCGUGUGCGAGACCAUGUUCGGAGAGGUGGAGUCCCAAGCGGUCGAGGCCCUGGAUCUUCCUGGGGUGUUCCGCACACGGAGCCACAGCUACGUCCGCGCCAUCCAGGCCGGCUGCUCCCAGGACGACGACUGUCUCUCCGUCUUCUCUAUGUCAGGUCCACAGGGAAGCAUCAAGGGCGGGGCUGUCUUUCCUUAUCGCAAAGGUGCUCCUCCCCCGCUCCCACCUCGCAUGUCAAAAUCUUCGCUAUCCGUGCGUGCCCAGAGCAGCACAGAGUCUACCCAGGACGCCUACUAUCAGAGCAGUGGACAGCUCGUCGCCAGCCACAUGCGCCCCAAGCAGCACAGUAAUUCAGUGGACCUGGGCUGCACCGACGGACCAUCGGGACGCUCCUCCAGAGUGGGCUACUACACCGCCACAGGCCCAGGGCGUUCCCGGCAGCACAGUAACUCGGCAGAGAGCCUGGACGGGGGGGUCAGGGGAUCGCGGGAGCUGGUGCCCUAUGGAGGAGGCCCGGGAGUCGGUGUGAGGGCCAAACACAGCAGCUCAGCUGACAGUUUGCUGGAGGGGCCGCCGAGGCCAGCCAGGGAGAGGGACAGUCGCGUCGGGGGAAGCCUGGGGAAGUCGGUCUCACUGCCUCAGAACAGCAUUGUUUUGAGUAAAGCUGGAGGGCAGGAUGAUGGAUGUGGCGGGAGGAAGUGGAGGCCAUCCAUUGCUGUGCAGGUGGACAGCUCUGAGACUCUGUCAGAUUCAGACGCAGAGGGCAAAGCUCUGACAGAGGUCCACUCCAUAGGAGUCCAGGUGGAAGAUGACAAAAGACGGGCCCGUUUCAAGCGCUCCAACAGCGUGACGGCGAGCGUGCAGGCAGACCUGGACCCCGAGGGCUUCCCAGGGCUCAGUGUUGCCGUGCCAACGCAGGACAAGAGCCUCCAGUUUGGCUGCUCCUUCCAAAGGCACUCGUCAGAGCCGGAGUCAGCUGGCCAGUACACAGAGUGCCACCGCACGGUGCAUACACAAGGACAGUGGGCCUACAGAGAAGACUUCAUCCAGAGUGGCUACACCACUGAGGCGUGUCCAGGAGACCCACGGUCACAUCAGCAUCAGCACCUUCCUCCACGUUCCCACUCCCCGCUCCCCCUCACAUCUGAGCGCGCGUGGGCAGGGACGCCGUCCCUUGAGGGCCCCCGCAGCCUCCCCGACUCGGGCCGAGCUUCCCCCUGCACGAGAGACGGCGAAUUCUUCCUGCGCCUCCUGCAGACUGAAGUGGAGAGGAUGGAGGGCUGGUGCCAGAACAUGGAGAGGGAGGCGGAGGAGAACGAACUCCCAGAGGAGAUUCUGGAGAUGAUUCGCAGUGCAGUUGGCAGCGCCCAGAUGCUCAUGUCUCAGAAGGUUCAGCAAUUCUUCCGCCUCUGCCAACAAAGUGUGGACCCCUCUGCUUACCCCCAACCCACCUCUCAGGACCUAGCAGGCUUGUGGGACCUCCUCCAGCUCAACAUAGAAGACGUCAGGGUCAAGUUUCAGGAUCUCCAGAGGCUUAAAGACUCUGGUUGGAAGCUCCCCCCUGAAAAGAAGGAGGAUAAGAAGCUUCCUCCCCCCUUACCAAAGAAGCCGGCGGGCGGGGUGAGCGGGUGCCUUAGGGCCGAUAGCAUCGGGGACGGAGGUAUCGGAGGCGGGCCGGGAGGCCUGAUAGUGCCUCGUGUUGGGGGACACACCCUACCUAUCAGGGAGAAGUCCCUGGACCUCGGGGACCGUCAGAGGACAGAGGCAAGGAGGAGGCUGCUGCAAACCAAGCGUACCGCCUCCUUCAGGCAGAAUUCGGCCACAGAGAGUGCAGACAGUAUCGAAAUCUACAUUCCCGAAGCCCAGACUCGACUCUGAACCCAACCCUGCACCCUUUCUGCAAACCACUUCCUCUAGAAUACAGCAUUUCAUUCAAAACGCUUCCCAUGACUACAAAUUCAGUUCUCAAGCAGUAACAGCCAUUCGUGUGUCUUGAAAAUUGCACAUAUUACUGACACUGAGGCCUAAAAGAAAACGUAGAGUAGCUAGCAGAUAUCAAUAUCGCCUUUUUCUAUUUAUUUAUCGUUUUGCUGACGACAAACAAGCAACACUCGCUGAGGCUCUCGCACUAGUUAGUAGCAUGCCCGGGCGUGUUCGGCUUGAGCAUCACUGAAAAUAAAGGGCUCAACAGGCACAAAACCUCCGUGACGGGAGAUGACAAGACUCUCCGUAUUCAAACUCCUGGAGGGAAAACUCAUACAAGGAAAAAAUUGCCACUUCCAGGAAGAUGUAUCCAUACGCUGACACUGCCAGUAUGGAUAAAGAAGGAGGCCCUUGAAGUCCUAUAGACCUUUAACGCUGCGGUACACCAACAACAGCCGGCAUCCUUCACCUCAGUUAAUUUAUUGAUUCAUUUUGGAUUGUUUUGUUUUCCUAACCACCAAUCACAAGAGUUUGAGAAUAACAUGGUUAUAUCAGGAAAUAAAAGUUACAUAAAAAUACUAUAUACAGGUAAAAACAAUACAAUUAUUACAAAGAAAAAACACCUGAUGUUAUGUGAGUUACGUCCGACCUCUUUUCGAAAAAAGUCAUAUAGUUAAUAGAAUAUUAUAAUUCAAAAAUUCCAUGUUAUGAGAAUCAUAAUAACACUUAUGUUUCACAUAAGGGUUGUGGAUGAUGACGUUUUCUUCUGUGAUUCUCGAUUUCAUUCUCAUAAGUCUAUGACUUACUUAACACUACCACAUAAUUCUCAUUCAAUGACAGCUUGAUCAUCAUAAUUCUAUGGAAUUAUUCUCAGAGUAAUUUUUUUUCCAGUGUGGCUGUCAUUUAGCAUUCAACAGCGAGGCUGUUGGAACGAGCAAGUAUGUGCACACUCAUGUUAGCCCAAUGGAGCAUUUGCAGUGUAGCAUCAGAGCCUUGACAUCACUGACAGUAACUAGAGGAGGGUUUUUCUUGUGGGGGGGGGUUCAUUCUGAGGCGAUACCGCCACCAAGUGGUCCCACUAGGACCCAAACGUGCAACAGCGGCACAUUAGGGGUCAGAAAAUCAAAUGGAAAGAUUGCUUCCAAAGAGUUAAUUUUCAAAGAAGCAAUUAAGCCGCUAUGGUAAUUUAUGGAUCUUUAGUGUAGCAUGAUUUUAAUAUUUUGCCAAAACAAGAAAAAAAGUUAGAACACAAUUUGAACACUUUGUAUGACUGUUUUGUAGAAGGUUUGUGUGGACAAAAAAACAAUCACUACUUCAAAAUUCGGCAUGUUUCUUUUUCUUUCCUCCUCCUAAUAUUUGGCGACUAUUUCAAUUAUUUCACGGGAGAUGUAUAUUUUAUAAUAUAAUCUACAUUUCUAGAUGAAUAGACUCUUGAGUACAGUGUAUGUACAUGAAAAAUAUAUCAAAUGUGACAUACCACAGUAUUUAUUAUGAGGAUGAUGAUUAUUAUAUAGACUUGUGUGAUGCUAUUGCUGUGUGGCGUAUCCAGACACAGCACACGUGAAAAUUAUUAUUAUUAUGUGAAUGCUGGGUCAGGUUCACAGGGUAAAAAAAAAAAAAAAAAGCCAAGUAGAAUUCUCCGGAGAUAUAUCCGCCUUUCACUCCCUGUAUUUCCACUUUAGAAACCAACUACAUGUGCCUAGCCAGCUAUAUGUGGGGGUUACUGUUCCAAGUUUACAGUGUGUAUAUAUAAAUAUCUACAGAAAGAAGUGUACAGACAUGGAAGAAUAUCACAUUUUCUGACAAUACGGUGAUUGAGUAUUCAUGCCCUCACUUUUUUUUUGUUGACACUGCAUGUUUUUGUGAGCCUGGCGACAAGAGAGCUAAUUUUGUAGCCUUUUUGUUGUGGUUGAUAUAUAAUAUAUAUAAUAUAUAUAUGUAUGUAUGAGAAUUUUACAAUGUUUGUACAGAGAUCCUUCAAAAGUGAAGACGUUGUGGUUCAUUCGUUUUGCAGCAGUGGUGGUUGAGGCGCAGCAAACAAAAGCACAAAGACCUGCUUUUUAUACUUUUACUGCACUGUGAAGGACAUCUCGAGGAUUCAAAACAGUAUCAAUCCACAGUAGUGGAAACGGCUUUGAAACUAAUCUUUACGUUGCAUAUCGCCACUCAAACACACCUGACUGACUUUACCACACAAAACACUUCUGGAAAAGUGCAAAACAACCCCCCCCCCCCCCCCCCCCCCCCCCCAACAACAUGCAGAGCCGGACGGACAACCCCGAGUACCUCAGCCUUACAUGACCCAGGCCUCUGUCCUCAGGGGAUUCUCUACAUGACGCCACAAACCCCCCCAAGGACACACAGGAACACAGUGCUUUCUUUUUUAUGUCCUACUGUUCCUGACCUGAUACUCUUGUAGCCAUCUUCUGCACCACACUCACAGGCAGGGCGGAUGCAGACAGAGCUCAUCUACUGCAGUACAGUACAGCGUGUAUUUAGUGGAGGAGGGGGCAUGUAGCAGCAGAUUUGAGUUUUAGUUGGGACAUUUCUGAGAGGCUGCUCUGAGUGGGGGACAAUAAAAACAAGUAAAUGUUGUUUAUUUUUAGUAGUAUAAUUUUAAAUUGGCUGCACGGCAGACGAGUGGUUAGCACGCAGGCCACACAGCUAGGAGACCCAAGUUCAAUUUCACCCUCGGCCAUCUCUGUGUGGAGUUUGCAUGUUCUCCCUGUGCAUGCGUGGGUUUUCUCCGGGUACUCCGGUUUCCUCCCACAUUCCAAAAACAUGCUAGGUUAAUUGGCGACUCCAAAUUGUCCAUAGGUAUGAAUGUGAGUGUGAAUGGUUGUUUGUCUAUAUGUGCCCUGUGAUUGGCUGGCGACCAGUCCAGGGUGUACCCCGCCUCUCGCCCGAAGACAGCUGGGAUAGGCUCCAGCAUCCCCACGACCCUUGUGAGGAUAAGCAGUAGAAAAUGGAUGAAUGAAUGAAUUUUAAAUAGUUUUGAUACGUUAUUUCAAUUCAUAUACUGUGUAUAUAUAUAUAUAUAUAUAUAUAUAUAUAUAUCAAAGGGGUGUAAUUCAUUUUGUCAUAAAACAUUAUUUCUCAUUUCUUAUGAUCACAUUUCUUUAUUAAUUUCCUCUGUAUUUUUUAUGUCAUUGUUAAUUUUAUUAGUAAGCAAAUAAACCAAAUAUCGCAAAUAUUGGUUGUUUUCCCAAGAAAUUCUAUUUCAUAUUAAAUUAAUUAUAACUACCUAAUUUCCAUACUCAAAAUACACUUUAGCCAAGGGAAAAAAUAUUAUAAAUUAUAUAAAAAUAAAUUUUACUUUUAAACUGCAUUUUACACCCCAAAGAAAUGAGACAAUCAUUAUUUUUGUAGUAUUUAUUGUAUUAUUGCUCAUUUUAUUUCAUUUUAAUAUGAAUACUUAACUUUAACUUUACACUCUGAUUUGACAUCAUUCUGUUAUUUUAUUGUAUUUCCGACCCCUCAGAGCAGCUGAGGGAUAUGCGCAUCUGAAACUCCGAUGUGCCUUUAGCGCUGAGGUUGUACUGUAUUUGACUGGUGUGUAUCAACACUGUUAAUAUCGUAAAGAGGUGGAUCACAGACAACUGAGCAAUUACUGUGUAAUUAACACCCUGCCAUUCUUUUGUUUACAAAAAUAAUGUAAAUACAGUUGCCAACGGACUCUUCUCUAUAUCACAUAUAUUGUUACUGCAAUAUUAUGACUAUUAGUUAUAGUAUGAUUGUUGCCAUUAAAAAAGGGGGUUCAUUAUUACCACCGCUCUCAUUCGGUAUAAGUGUGUAUAUAUAGAGACGGGUAAAAAAGAAAUAAAAUGCUAGUCAAGGUUGAGUCUUGUGUACAAUAGCUAGCGUAAUCUGUUUUUUUAAAAGCGCAGCUAGGAUGGAGGACAAAGACUCUUGGGUCCAUGAUGGACAGUCGGGAUGAUGGAGGAUCCAAACAUGCUUCAAGCUUUUUGUUCCAUUUCGAACUUCCAUCCAGAGGAGGAAGAACAGACUCUGUGUAGUCCACUAUACAAUGUAGCAACACCUCUGUUAUCUCCCUUAACACCAGACGUCUUCUUCUGUUGGAUACAGUGCCAAGACAGCAUAUUGUACAUAGGAACAUUCUUUGACUGGAGCAUAUAGCAAUAGCAACACCAUUAUUAUUAUUAUGUCUCCGAACUCCAACGGUGAUGCACGAGAAACACAAAAAGGCGUGGCGUUGAAGAUGCAGUAUGGGAUCAUGUUUGUUUGUGUUGUAUAUCUCUCAUUGUGUACAUACUCAUUUGUUUUCUAAGGAUCCGGUUGUGUCCAAGGAAAGCCCAGAGAGAUGGCACACUGUGACGUGGUUUACUCCCCCCCAACCCCCCCUCCAAACACAGAAUGUAACACUGUUGUCAAAACAUUUUCUAAUGGCUAAUAUAAUUAUUACUACUAUUAAUAUGAUUACUAUAAAGCUAUUUUAGCCAGUUAAACGCGGCUGAUGUGUCUCCUUUGUCUUUAUUUGCUCUCUUUUUGAUGAGUUCUUCUAUUCCAGGGGUUUACAUUGAUGUUAACACAAAGGACAAAUGGAAAUGAGCUGGCAUUUCGAGUCAAUUGUGCUCUGCAGUGGGCAUUGUCCUAACAAGUACACCCUAAUGUAAACUGACUGACAGCACUGUAGGGAUGUUUUUGCCACUUCACACCAGAUGUGACAAAAAGCUUCCAGUAUAGCCUUGAAGGAGCAUGAUGUAGGAGUCUAAUGUCAGGGGAAAUUAGGAUUUUGCACCUUUUGGGGAUAUAGAUUUUUUUCCCCAAUUCAAAUAUAAUAAUAGUAAUGAAUAGAACAUCAUCAGAAUUAGGUUCAUCGCCACUGCGAGUUAGGAAAAAGUGAAAAUUUGGUUGGAAAUCUGCCAUUUAUUUCUAUUGUAAAAAUAGCCAACAAGUUUCAUUCAUAAUCAACCAAUUAAAAAAAAUUCAGAUCGUAGUCACCAAGGCAACCGAGCAAAAACGGAAUAGGAGUUGCCUGAUUUCAUUUAUAGUGCACAUUAAAAUGAGUUCAUUCAUUUCGACGUUCUUAACUUUGUACCUUCUGGUGUUGGCCGUUCACUGUACCCCAUCCAGUUUGAGGGUCCAGGCUUGUCCUGGUGUGUAAGGCAGCUCAGGUAAGACAAUAUUAAGGCCGGCAUUGGGCUGGACUGGCGACCAGGAUAAAGGCUUUGCGUACCCCAACAACAUGACCUGGAUGAGGGUCGAGAAUGUGCGGUUAGAAGUCAGUCGGCCAGUUCCCAGGGUGUCCACUGAGUUUACCUUAGUGGCUGCUGAUGUUUUGGGUUCCAAAAGUUGCACAGUGGGCUUGGGGGGUUUACUCGUCAAGGUGGCAUAUAUGCUGCCCCCUUUGGACGUAUACCUAAAAAAAAAAACAACAAACAACUGCUUUCUGGACACUGCAUCACAUCCUAUUUUAAAUGUCCUCAUGAAGAGGAAACACACUAUUUAAGAAACUACAGUAUUCAGGUACCUACCACACGGGUAUCGAA